GAUGGAUCAAUCCGGCGACACAAUAUUUCUCUUCAUGUGUAGAUAUGUCUGGAACUGAUUCUCAAGUUUCACAUAAUGAAGAUUUAUCAGCUCCACCUCCUCUUGGACCAGAAUUAGCUAGUGGAAAAUGGAGAGUUCGUGUCGUAGAUGGUGAUGCAAAAAUUACAGAGGAAAUGAUUUCAGGAAAAGAAGUGUGGAGCAUGCUGAAUCGAAGGGUUAUAGUUGAUUUUAAUCGAAGAGGACAGCCUAUCAAAGAUUCUGGAGGUAAACGAGUUGAGUCUGCUGUUCAGAGUCUUAAGGAAGAAAUUGGGGAGCAUGUGUGUGUACCACCUUCUUCUACUGUUCUUUUGAGGUUUGCCAUUUUCUCUUAGUAGGGAACUAAGUGUGAUGUUAGGGACGGGAAGGAUGUGAAGUAACUCGUAGCUUAUACUCAGAAGAAUCUGGAAUAUAUUGACAUUACAUAG